AUGAGUUACCGGCAGGUUUCCUCCGAACUGCAGGCCAUAGCACAGAAGAAUCUGAACGAGGACCCCAAGAGGAGAGACGAAGACAUCAAGCACAUCAAGGAGUGGCUCAAGAAACAGCCCCACCUCAACGCUCGCGAUGACGACCAGUGGAUCCUGACGUUCCUGCGCGGCUGCAAGUUCUCGCUGGAGAAGACCAAGCAGAAGCUGGACAUGUACUACACGAUGCGCUCGGCACUGCCGGAGAUAUUCACGAACAGGGACCCCUUCGCGCCGAUCGCCCAGAAGUAUCUCAACUCUGCGGACACAUUUUCCAUCUUCAGGGUCGUAGUGCAGCUACCAGAACGAGACGCAGAGGGCAGACGCGUGACUGUGAUUCGCAUGGGCAAGCUGGCGCCGGGCACCCUGCCGCCAGAGGAGACGUCCAAAGUGGACUUCAUGAGCUCCGACGCCACCUUGUGGGAGGACGACCCGACGGUCAUCUGCGGCGAGGUGCUCAUCCACGACAUGCAGGGCGCCACCUUGGGACACUUCACCGCCAUGUCGCCUUGGCUGUUGCGCCGCAUGACGACGUGCUACCAGGAAGCAUAUCCGCUACGACCUAAGGCCUUCCACGCUAUCAACAGCCAUCCAGGUGUCGAGAAAAUAUUCUCAUUUUUCGAGAGUUUUCUUAAAGAGAAGAUGAAGAAAAGGAUCUUCAUACAUUCCAAUCUGGAGUCCCUUUAUAAGCACGUCCCCAAGAAAAUCUUACCAGAAGAGUACGGAGGAGAAGCUGGGCCUAUAGAAAAAUUGGAAAAUGCGUGGAAAGAGCGCAUUGAGAGGAAUGCGGCGUUCUUCAAGGAGGACGAGAAGUACGGUGUGGACGAGUCGAAGAGGCCCGGAAAACCAAAGACGCACACCGACCUGUUCGGCGUGGAGGGUUCCUUCCGGCAGCUCUCCGUGGACUGA